CGAACGUCUGUCGGAACGCAUCGGACUUUAAAAGUACUUUGUAAAAAAAAGAUUACACGUAUAUACGCACGUUUGUUUAAAUCACAGAUAAUAUGUAAAUGAGUCCCUCCGGCAUACAUGUCAACAAAUCAGUGGUCCUGCUUAUCCUGGCUAUCACGGUCGGGAUCAUCGUAUUCAACAACUACAAAUACUUCAGCACAUUCCUGAUGAAGAAGAAUACAGAUGUCGAGAUGACCAAGAUAUCUCAGGCUGUUCUAGACAAGGCUAAAACUCUAGACGUUGAAACGCACAAAAUAAAGGUGAAGAUAAAAGAUGGACAGAGUGUUGAGAUAGUUUACCGGGAUAUUUUACCCAAGCUUGGGGGCAGGGAUAUUCUGUUUCUUCAUGGACAAGCAUUCUCUUCUGAAGACUGGGAGAACACAAACACACUGGCCAUCUUUUCUGCUCUAGGGUACCAACCGGUCGCAGUGGAUUUACCUGAAGGUAAAAGUACGAAAAGUGAGAAGGUUGAUGUCGGAGACAGGGGACUUUUCCUGGAGAAGUUGAUCACUGCUCUGGAUCUGAGGACUCCCGUCAUUGUCAGUCCAUCCAUGAGUGGGAGCUACUCGCUGCCCUUCCUCUUCGUGGACCCCGCAAAUGUAUCGAAGCGUUCCGCGGGAUUCGUUCCCAUAGCUCCAGUUCAGACGGAAAGUUACUCGCCAGAGAAGUACAAGAGUCUAAAUAUUCCAACAGCUGUUGUGUAUGGUGAAAAUGAUAAAUCUAUUGGUCCAGCAUCCACAACCAAUUUGAAGAACCUGCCUGACCAUGAACUCCACAUGAUAAAAGGAGCCGGGCACGCUGCAUGGAAAGACAAACCAGAGGAAUUCCAUCUCAUUCUCUAUAAGUUCCUCCUGAAGAAAACUAAGUAGACAUGGUCAUAAAUUUAUUUUGAGACAUCAAGGACUAUUAAGUAUAAACCAUUUGUGUACCGGUAAUUUUGUCAUAAGUCUGAUAUUAUGACGCUACGAAAUAGAUAUUUAUUAUUUCGUCAAAAUGGUUCAAAAGCAUCCAGAAUUGUAAGACCAUGUGCAGAUACAGAAAAUUUUCCCAGGAGGGGGAUCUGAGAAAUAGUUCAAUUUGGUUUAAUUUUAGGGUUGAAGUGGCUUAGGCUAAGGCCUAUUUUAAGUAACUAUGUAAGUUUAAGGAAGCUAUAUGGGCAACAACUCAACCAUCAGGUCUGCCUUAAUAUUUCAGAUACUAUUUGUUUAGCUUUUUUUUAGUAAAGAGAAU